UUUUUUUCCUUCUUUCUUUGAGCUACGGCCUUUUAUAUGCAACCAUUCAACAAAUACUACCCACCUGACUGGACACCGGACAAGGGUUCCAUCAACACAUAUCAAGGAAAGCAUGCGUUAGGAGAUAGAGCUCGAAAGCUGAAAGAAGGCAUUCUAAUUGUAAGAUUUGAAUUACCAUACAACAUUUGGUGUUUGGGUUGUAAUGAGCAUAUUGGACAAGGUGUGAGAUAUAAUGCAGAAAAGAAAAAGAUUGGCAAUUACUAUAGUACACCCAUAUACCAGUUUCGAAUGCGAUGUCAUUUAUGCAGUAAUUGGAUAGAGAUUCAUACUGAUCCAAAGAAUACAGCCUAUGUUGUUGUCAGCGGUGCACGAAAGAAAGUGGAAGAGUGGGAUCCAAAGGAUACGGAGGUCAUCCAGUUCCAAGACGAAAAAGAAAAGGAGCAGUUGGAGACUAACCCGAUGUUUCGAUUGGAACAUGAGGUGCUUGAUAAAAAGACACUGGAUGAUUCAGUGCCGCGCAUUAGCCAGUUACAGCAACUGAACAACCAGCAAUGGGCCGACCCUUAUACACGUUCACAACAGCUACGAAGAAGGCUUCGAGAAGAAAAAAAGAUGGACAAGGCAGCAAAGGAAGAAGCAGACAAGAUACGAGAUAAACAUUCACUACAUAUAGAAUUGUUACCCGAGAUGCCUGAAGAUAUAGUGAAAGCCAAAAGUGUAGAAUCAAAAACGAUUAGAAACGGCCGUAUCACCGUUAUUCCGUAA